UAAAAUAAAUUUACAUAUCUCUCUCUAUAUAUUAUAUAUCUAGAGAGUGUACUUUUAAAGAAGGAAAAAAAAAGAGGAACUUUUCAUUUACUUUAUUUUUACAUUAAAAUUAAAAAUCAACAGUUUGUUGGAGCUAUUUUACAUGGGUGAGGAAAAAGAGAACAAAGGGGAGGAGGACAAGAAAGAAGAAGAGAAGAAAGUAGAGGAAAAAAAAGAAGAUGAAAUUCAAGAAAUUGUGCUUAAAGUUGAUAUGCAUUGUGAAGCUUGUGCAAGAAAAGUUGCAAGAUCCCUCAAAGGUUUUCAAGGAGUGGAGGAAGUAAAGGCAGAUUCUAAGGCUAGCAAAGUGGUGAUAAAAGGGAAAAAUGCAGAUCCUCUCAAAGUGUGUGAAAGAAUUCAAAAAAAAAGUGGUAGAAAAGUGGAAUUGAUUUCACCUUUGCCAAAGCCACCAGAAGAAAAUAAAAAAGAAGAAGAAGAAAAGAAAGAGGAGUUGCCAAAAGUAGAAGAGAAGAAAGAUGAGCCUCCUCCAGUCAUAACAGUGAAGAUGACAGUUCAGAUGCAUUGUGAAGCUUGUGCACAAGUACUGCAGAAACGAAUUCGAAAAAUUCAAGGUGUUGAAUCUGUAACGACGGAUCUAGGAAACAAUCAAGUGGUAGUAAAAGGUGUUGUUGAUCCGGAGAAGUUAGCGAACGACGUGUACAAGAGGACAGGGAAGCAAGCUAUAGUAGUGAAGGAAGAAGAAGUAAAAAAGGAAGAAGAGAAGAAAGAAGAAGAGAAAAAAGAAGAAAAGAAAGAAAGUGAAGAAGAAAAAGGCAAAGAGGAGGAUGAUAAGACAACAAUAGAUAUCAAGAAAAAUGAAUAUAUGACUCAAAGGGACUACAUUUUCAUGGAGUAUGCUAAUUACUCCCCUCAAAUUUUCAGUGACGAGAAUCCUAAUGCUUGCUCUAUCAUGUAACCUUUUCGGUUACUCAGUGACAGAACCAGGAAUAUCGUUGCAUUGCAUUGCAUGUAGUGUUGUUAUUGUUCGAUCUUCGAUAUGUUCUAGUCUAGUAUAUGCUAAUAAAGAUUUAUUAAAUUGUCUAUUUGAGAGAUUUUUGUCAACAUCUAUCUAAUAAUUUUGGUGUUUUAGUGCUAUAAGUUGUUGAACAAGAUGUACAUACUUUGAAAGUUUUAAACUUUUUUGCUUAUGAUGUUAA